AUGGGAGUAGCACACAAGGAUGGCCACUCCUGGCUGUGGCGGCUAGUGCAACACCGCGUGGGAAGGCGCAGUCGUCAAAAGCAGAAGGAGAGACAAAAAGAGAGAGAAAAAGAGCGGAUUGUUCGGCUGCCUUUGGGUAUAUCUGUAGCUCUAUGGGCUCCUAUUCCGAGCAGCAGCAGGCUAAAGAGAGAUGUGCUGCUGAACGCAGUUGCUGCGCUGCUACUAUUUUCCGCCAGUGACAUCAUGGCGCAACACCUGCAGCACACGCAAGCCCACAAACAGCAGCAGCAAUCGCAACAGGAGUUGGACCCGCAGCAGCAGCAGCAGCCUCCACGAGAGCUGCAAGGUUGCGGGGCAGAGCAGGUUCCUCCAACCCUAAGCAGCACAUUGCGGCAGAUCGAUGCGGGCCGCACGCUGGCUGUCGGUUGCGAAGGAGUGAUAGUUAAUGCUCUUCUACUGACACCUAUGUAUCACAAACUCGAAGCGAUGCUGGCUCACAAUACUGCACUGAAGCGCAGUAGCACGAGCAGCGCAGGUGGCGGUGGUAGCAGCAGCAGAGGAAACCCCAAAGUCACGAGCUCCGGGAGAUCUGGUGCUGCAGCACGUGUAGCUGCUGCAGUCUCUGGUGCCUCAACAGCAGCAAAUACAGCAGCAAAUGCAGCAGCAGCAGCAGCGGCAGCAGCACAAACACAACAAGGAAGCCGCGCCAGUCGCUUGCUGUGGCUGCUGAGUUUAUAUCAGGUGCUGGCCGUUCAAAUAGUCGCCAUGCCUUUUAGUUCUUUUUCUUUUCUUUUUUUCACACCAGUUCUCAGAUUCAGCUUCACUCGGCUUUUUGAAGAGCAACAGCUUCCAGCCCAGGAGGAGCAGGUACAACAGCAUUACGUGCAGCAGCAAAGGCUAGAGCAGCAGCUGCUGCUAGCGCCAGAGCGACGACAGCAGCAGCGGCAGCAGCAAGAACAAGAGCACCAGCAGUUUUGCUUGAUCCUUGGCUCACCCGGCUCUCAGAGGACAAUUCAAAACGAAGUUAUUGACAAGGACGCCCCAACUACAGUGCAGCAACACCAGCAGCAACAGCAGCAAGGGCAGCAGCAGCAACAGCAUCAGAGGUGUUGGAUCAGUUCCGACCCUCCAGGGAAUUUGCGUGCUGCACUCCGUGAGGGUUACGAGGCUGUGCGAUGUCAUUUCAGAGAAAUAUACGUCGCUAGCCUUGUUGUGUGGCCCCUGUCGGACCUUAUCAACUUCCGUUUCGUUCCACUGGCAAUGCGCCCUGCCUGGGACUCUCUACUUGACUUUGUUUGGGCUGUGUACCUCUCCUAUGCCGCCCACUCUUCCCCAGCACCAGUGCAACAGCAGCACCCGGUAGAUGAAACAGCGGGAGCUGCUGCUGCGGCCCCUACUUCGUCUGCGGGCAUGCAGUUGAACACUGCAUGA